GGACGAAAGAGAGAGAGAAGGGAGGUGGGAGCCGGGAGGAGGGUGGAGAGGAGAAAGAAGGGAGGAGGGAGCUAGGAGGAGGACUCAGGAGGAGGGACCCAGGGCACGGGGAGGUGGCAGGCCAGGCCCAGUCGCUGCGCCCUCCCGGGGUGGCUCCUCCACCAGCCGGUGCCCGCCGCGCCUGCAGCCCGCAGCCCGCUCGCGUCCUGCCCGCCCCGCGCCUCCGCUACGCUCCCGGGCUCCGGUCCCCUGCUCCGCGCCAGGAGACAUGAGUGCUGCCGCGGCGCCCGAGCGCGGCUGGAAGAGCGAGAAAGUGGACGAGGCGCAGGCCCUGGCGCGGAGCUGCGCCGCCCGCCGACCCGACUUCCAGCCGUGCGACGGGCUGUCCAUCUGUGCCACGCACAGCCACGGCAAGUGCUUCAAGCUGCACUGGUGCUGUCACCUGGGAUGGUGUCACUGCAAAUACGUUUAUCAGCCCAUGACCCCUGUGGAGCAGCUCCCAAGCACAGAGAUCCCCGCGAGGCCGCGAGAACCCACCAACACCAUUCAGAUCUCCGUCUCGCUCACUGAACACUUUUUGAAGUUUGCAUCUGUCUUCCAGCCUCCACUUCCCCCCGAGUCGCCAAGGUACUGUAUGAUUUCCGAUCUCUUCAUCGACAACUAUCAGGUUAAAUGUAUCAACGGGAAGAUGUGCUAUGUGCAGAAGCAGCAGGCGCCCCAUUCCCAGAAGAUGAGCCCCGAGGAGGUCUCUGCACACGAUGCCUUAAUUUCUAAAGAGAGCGACACUCCGAAACUGGGCCACUGCUCCUCCCCUUCCAGUUCCGAGGACUCGGGGAUCAAUGCCAUUGGGGCGCACUAUGUGGAAUCCUGUGACGAGGACACAGAAGAGGGGGCGGAACUGAGUUCCGAGGAAGAUUAUAGCCCCGAGAGCAGCUGGGAACCCGACGAGUGCACCCUUCUUUCCCCGUCGCAGUCUGAUCUAGAAGUGAUCGAAACCAUGGAAACCACUGUGUAGUCAGCUGGGACCUGCUGCCAGGAUCCACCCUGAGCCUCUGUACUUUGAUUUGAUGCGUCCUUUUCCAAUACUCUUGGCAUUUUCACAGCCCUGUUACCACCCAUAGUGUUCAGGGGUCUGCUAACUAGUGUUACCCUUAAAGUUAUCUUGUAACUAUGACAUAUUGUUUUCUUUUGUAUCUUGCUUUCUAUGUGGCCUCUGGUGUCAUGAGUUGUGACCCAGCCUUAAUUUCACUUAGAACUUUGAGAGCGGUGGUGACCACAGAGUGUCACGGGUCGGUCGGUCGGUCGGUCACAUGGAGGAGCUUCCUAGAGUGGAGGUGACCGUAUUUUACCAGUAGCCCAUCCUUUGUGGUGAGGGCUCUUGUUCAGCUUCCCUUUGGCAUGUCAUGUGACACCUCUGUUCUCCUGGUUUCGGUAUGGGGAGCAGCCCGCUUCAGGACACAGUGUUGCUGGCAAUAAUCUUUCCCUUCCUCCUUCCUGCUAGCUGUGUGGGCUCAGGACAAGAGUAGCCUCAGGAGUUACUUCCGGGAGGUCCUUGGAGGUCCCCUCAUCCCACAGCUUCUGUGACUGUGAGGAGAGAUGGGCCUCUCCAGUUUGUGUCUAGUCCAGCUAGUGUGAUGUGUGUGUAUGUACAUACACCAGCUUGUGCGGUGUGAUGUGUGUGUAUAUACAUACAUGCAGUAGGGUAGUGGGGAUUCAGAAGAGCUCAGACCUGGUUCUCACCAUGAAGGGGACACACUGAGUUACAGGACACAAAUCACGCAGCUCACGGCAUCCAGGAGGUUCUUGGAACCGGGGUAGGAGAGGUGGACGUGGCCUAGGCCAGCUGAGGAAGUUGCUACAAUGACUGAGCUGGCCCUGGGUGGAUUCCACAGCAUCCACUGCCCUUCGUGAUUGUUUUUCAGAUCAGGGAGAAGCAUUUAAGUUUUAUAGGUAUUAUAUUUAGGAGGCAGCGCAUCUGACAUCUUAAGAAAAAAAAAAACCACACUAGUUUUAGUUAGCAUGGAAAUGCUAAAAGACAAGUCCUUUAGGGAUUAGGAAUGAAUCUAAUAGGUUUGAUUAAUUCUGCUUCGUUUGGUUGUAUGAAGCAUUAGAAUGGCUUAGAUGAGAAAUGGACUAGAAUUUUGUAUGAUGCAUGGGUUUUAUGCAAAUGCAAAGACAGUUGAAAUAGCUCACUGCUGAGUCAGGAAGAUGUUUUAUGUAACACUUCUUCACUUUACUACGCCGGAAUGCACACACGUGUGUGCUCUUUCACACACACGACAUAGUGGGUAAUUCUUUCUUACAUAGCUUUCUUCGAAACUCUGCCCCUGAUUUGCUAUAUAGUGGACAUUCUCGUGUGAUUUCACUAUCUGCCGUUCUCCUAAGUUUAUGUGUGAGGCAUAGCACAAAUCUGGGAGCUUUAACAUCUGUGAGGAGACCCACACAGCUGCAGGGGGCGGGUGUCUCAGAUCCUGUUGGUCUGAGCAGGCACCAUGGCCUUUGUGCUGUCAGAAUCUCACACAUUCCUCUCUGUUCAUGUGUCCUUGAGGGAAGGAGAGGCUCGCCGUGCUCUCGGGGCCUCCUGUAUUUGGGGUUCUUCACUGUGUCCUCAGGAAGAAUCUGCUUUCCCAACUGAAUAUGGAGUCACAGUGAUUCACCACUAGCCCCUUCUUUAGGCUGACAAGCCCAGAACAUUCAGUGUUCAGAAGGCAGAAUAUGUGGCUUCCUUUGAAGGCAGUCAUUACAACCUUCUGUGCUGGAGGAGAAUGUAGCAAAAAUCCCCACUUACUGAAAUGCAAAGGCUCAAGCCAAGAAGGACCAGCAGGCACAGGGCAGGGCAGGUGGGAGCAGCCACAACUCACCUGGAGGGUCAUGCUGCUGGCCUGGGAUGGCCUGGGGACAUCUGGUGAGCCCUGCCUGAGGUUUGUGGUGCCUCACUGGAGGCAGGUAUCCGUCACCUGGCACUCAGGGCUGUGGAGACAGCACCGGGGCCAUCUUCAAAUGUGCGGUGAACGAUCUCCUCAGAUCCCCAGGUGGAGAGGCACGCAGCAGAGCUCCCCACACCUCUCUGCUGUGGGCCCACAGCCACGAGUACUAAGUUAGCUGGAGUCUACAACUCGGGCUCCAUGAAAACACGGAGUCAGAGCCACGGUUCUGGAGCUUAGCUGAGUGUUGGGCUUAUGCCCUUUAUCCAUAACAUCUGUGACUUCUGUCCAGGGUCCUAUUUUCUAAACCCCGACUGCCAUUCAGACUUGCCACAAAUGUGAUGUAAUUUUUGCAUUCAAUAACAAUUGACGAUCCCAUUAAAUAUUUGCACAAUCUCUUUGUAAUUAAAUUCACUAAGCUUCACUUGCCAGUUUUAUAAAAUUGGACACAUCCCCUUGCAUUCUGGGAUCUCAAAACGGCCUUUUCUGAAGAAGCACACCGAGCGUUUUUUCAGUUUUAGUCUCCUAUCACUGUUCAUACCAGUAACUGUCUAAAAUACAAUUAAGCCAGAAUUACUUCUCUAUGCUUGCGUUCUGAAAUCAGCUGAAAAGAAUAUAAAAAAAAUGUAUAGCUUAACUUCAAUUCUAGGCCUAUUCUGUUCUAUGUUCUAUGAGAGAAUUUCUCUGUAAUCCUGAUAUUAUAGUGCUGAUUUGUAUACCUGUAUUCAUAGGCACCUUAGAAAACUUAGAUGCAACAUGCACUAUAGACGGUAAGCACAGUUGUGUUAAAUAGGCUUUUGACUAGCCCUUGUACAGUGAGAGACGGAAGCUUGCAAUCUGGACUUUAUAGAGUGCUGGCCUGCAAGGCUUGGACCACGUGGAUGGGCUUCUGUGAGAAACUGGCACUGUUGCCAUUUUUUUUUUUUGAAAGCUUGUUAGGUACCAGCGUGACCCCACUAAAUGCAGAAUAUAGUUUUCUUACCUAACCAAGAUUUUAACUUUUAAGUGUGUCCAUAACUUUUCUGAGAAAUGACAAAGCAAUUAAAAGUCCUUUUUGGGAUAACUAUUUGAUAUCUUAAAAAAAAAAAUAAGGCUUUACUUUAAAAUCUGAGGUUUUUUUUUUCUUUUUGCCUUGUAACAUUUAAGGUAUAAAACGAGAAUUUGAGGAUAACCCUGAAGAGAAGCAGUUGCUUUUCUGGAAGACGUACACCUCAAAGUGACACAGCAUAGGACAGAGUAAACCCAAGCCUGUGUCUCAGCAGAACACAGUGAAAUACAAUACAGAAUAGUCUAAAACCGGAGCUACAGCAUCCCAACACAAGACAACACAACACACUAUACAGAAUAGACUAAAACCAGAGCUACAGCAUCCCAACACAAGACAGCACAGCACAACAACACACCACAACACAGCACACUAUACAGAAUAGUCUAAAACCAGAGCUACAGCAUCCCAACACACCACAACACAGCACAACAACACACCACAACACAGCACACUAUACAGAAUAGUCUAAAACCAGAGCUACAGCAUCCCAACACAAGACAACACAGCACAACA